AAAAGUUCAACGCGUCGUCUCGCUGGACGCUUCCUUCUUCCUAUAGGCUUUAGGAUUGCAUUACUUAGCGACGCACCAAAAACUACCCAAUAAAUAUCCCUUCGCCUCACUUCCUUUCUUCCCACCAAAAACCCCAUAGCAACCCAAAACCCUCUCUGCAAUCUCCAAAAAAAGAAAGUUAUGGCGCAAGAAAAUCAGAUCUUUCCAUUAGUGCCGGCGAAGUUUAAUCCAAGAAGCGAUGAAGAAGUUGCAGUAAUCAAGCCCAAAACAUUCCGCAAAGAGAAAAGCAGCAAGUGUUUGGUAUAUUUUCUUGCAUUAAUCGUUAUCGCAAGCACAAUAGCUUUGAUCUUUUCCGUAAUAGUUAUCCGUACAAGAUCUCCAGAUGCGGAAUUGACCUUCGUUUCUAUCAGAAAUCUCAAGUAUAGUAACAACGCAACUUCUCCUUUCUUUAGUUUCACUCUCCAAGCUGAGUUAAGUAUCAAGAAUCCGAAUUUCGGCCCGUUCAAAUUUGAAAACUCUACUUGUAGUGUUUUAUAUAAAGACAGGACUGUCGGCGAAUCAAGAUUAGGUCAAGGCCGUGUGGCAGCAAGAGAAACGGAGACGAUAAAGGUUGUUUUGGACGUGAAAUCGUAUAGAUUACAUGAUAAUCAGAGCUUUGAUAGUGAUAUAAAAUCUGGGAUUUUGAAGCUGAGCAGCCGAGCUAGGUUUAACGGAAGAAUUCACUUGUUGAAGACUAUAAAGAAGAAAAGAAUGGCUUUCUUGAAUUGCACGAUGAAUGUUAAUUUGACAAGCCAAGCUAUUCAAGAUUUAGUAUGCGACUGAAGUACAGUUUUUUCUUUUCUUUUCUUUUUUCUUUAUUUUUUUUUAAAGAUUUGAUGUUUAAGUAUGAGUAAAUAUCAGUAUCAUACAGUUAACUUCUUUAAAAUGAGAUGAAUUGAUCUUCUUGGUUUUUCUUUUUUGAGAAAUUAAUAUUCUUGUUUUUGCAUUGAA